CGGACCGGGGGGCGGGGCGGACAGGCCUGGGCGGAGCGGGAGGCGGAGGCGCCGCGUAGGCCCGGGAGGCCGGGCCGGCCGGGCUGCGAGCGCCUGCCCCAUGCGCCGCCGCCUCUCCGCACGAUGUUCCCUUCGCGGAGGAAAGCGGCGCAGCUUCCCUGGGAGGACGGCAGGUCCAGGUUGCUCUCCGGCGGCCUCCCUCGGAAAUGUUCCGUCUUCCACCUCUUCGUGGCCUGUCUCUCACUGGGCUUCUUCUCCCUACUCUGGCUGCAGCUCAGCUGCUCUGGUGACGUGGCCCGGGCAGUCAGGGGACAAGGGCAGGAGACCUCGGGCCCUACCCGGGCCUGCCCCCCAGAGCCGCCCCCUGAGCACUGGGAAGAAGAUGCAUCCUGGGGCCCCCACCGCCUGGCAGUGCUGGUGCCCUUCCGUGAACGCUUUGAGGAGCUCCUGGUCUUUGUGCCCCACAUGCACCGCUUCCUGAGCAGGAAGAAGAUCCACCACCACAUCUACGUGCUCAACCAGGUGGACCACUUCAGGUUCAACCGGGCGGCGCUCAUCAAUGUGGGCUUCCUGGAGAGCAGCAACAGCACGGACUACAUUGCCAUGCACGAUGUUGACCUGCUCCCUCUCAACGAGGAGCUGGACUAUGGCUUUCCUGAGGCUGGGCCCUUCCACGUGGCCUCCCCGGAGCUCCACCCUCUCUACCACUACAAGACCUAUGUUGGCGGCAUCCUGCUGCUCUCCAAGCAGCACUACCAGCUGUGCAAUGGGAUGUCCAACCGCUUCUGGGGCUGGGGCCGCGAGGACGACGAGUUCUACCGGCGCAUUAAAGGAGCUGGGCUCCAGCUUUUCCGCCCCUCGGGAAUCACAACUGGGUACAAGACAUUUCGCCACCUACAUGACCCAGCCUGGCGGAAGAGGGACCAGAAGCGCAUCGCGGCUCAAAAACAGCCUGGCUUUUGUCUCUGCCACUUCUACUAAAACCACUCUGCUCAUGGCUGUCAUCAGUGUCUCCAUUGCCCAGGCCUGGACUGUCAGAGCCACUCCGGGACAGUUGCACCAGAUGCAUGAAUUUCCUGAUACAGCGAAAUCUCAGCAGGAGUUGACACCCACCUGCCUGGUGCUCUGGGAUGAAUUUCUGCACAGAUGCAACCUCUGUUGGUGGAAGCUAGGAUGAGGUGUAUCCAUCUGUGAAGACUGGCCUUCCAUCUGUUUUCUGAUGCAACCAAAAUGCUUCAGGGCUUGUCUUAUCUGGAGGUUUGAUGGCUACAGACGUGAGGGGCUUCCAGGUAGAGCUCAGCCCUGAGACCUCUGGUCCCCUGUCUGGACAUCUGUAUGAAGAUGGAGAAGCAGCAGCCAACCUCUCCACAACCCUCACCAAGUUCUCAUGGAACAUCCUCUGAUGGUCCCUCUCAGUGCUGGGUUCUGGGGAGAAAGAGAAGUCAGGGAACAGAAGAGCUGCUCUGCCAAAGUCAUACCCUUCUUGGAGACACAGGGAACUCCAUCUCUCAUUCUCACUUGCAAUUUGCUGUGGCAACUCAAAUAUGUUUUUCCAGAUGGAACAUGAGCAGACGUGAUGUGUUUGCCCUCCAGGUCUAACCCAUGCAAAGCCUCCUGGGAACACACCUCACGCUAUUUUCCCUUCCAUCAGCUGGAUGUGGAUGAUGAUUAGGAACUAGGGUGAGGUGGAGCCAGAAAACACAAGGAGCCUGGAUCCCUGAAUGACCACAUGAACAUACACAUGCUGAAGACUGCCUUGUAGGCAGGAAAUAAACAUCUACUGUAUUGAACCUUUGCAUGUAGGGACUAUUUGUUAUAGCAGCAUAGCUUUACUCUGACUAAUACAAUCCUUGCACUCAGAGUUUACAGUUGUUUUAAGGAGACAACACUCAGUCACACAAUUCUGCAACAAUAGUAGGUGGCUCAGAAGAAGAAGGGGCUGUAGGGUUUAGACUUCCAGUUCUGAAGUCACAGGCUGCAGGCCCCUGGAUAUGUGGCUUUCCUAUCUAAUCCCUUUUCUGGAAAAAUGGAGAAGAGUCAGAUUCGGGGGAUGACUCUGUCAAAGGUUCAUCAGUAGGGCUUGAAGCAAGUCAAGAUGAGACCAAUGAUGUCAAUUCUUAGAAAGGACAAAAGAAAAUUGACUCUAAAUCCCUAAGAACUUUGGCUGCUACAGGGAUGGGAUGGAGGCCAGAGUUUCCUAACUUUUCUCCUGUGACUCCCCAUACCUCAGAAGUUCCCUGGGGAGGAGCCCUGAACCUAGGUGUGUGGGGAUUUCAUUAUUCUAAGUAACUCAGGAAUGAAAAACCAAAUGUAUAUUCUCACAUAUAAGUGGGAGCUCAGCUAUGAG